AGUCAGAGCGUCUUCAGACAUGGCGAAGAGCAUAGAUAGCAUCCUCCUACUAACAUUCGUGUUGUUUGCACAGGCAGAAGAGUUAAACUUCGAACGAUGGAAUACGCCACCUGAACUAACGCCGGAGUCGGUCGUCAAGACGUCAGGUGACGAGAAAUCCCAGACACGUCUCUUUUCUCUCGUCCCAGUCGCGGCAACUGUCAGUUUGAAUGCGGGACACAACAAUGCGCACUCCGUCAGCUUGGGCGCGAGUUUGGACGGGAUCAGUCUUUCGGGAAGUAACAGUUACAUUCGUCCUGCUGGAAAUGACGGAUCUUCCGGAAGCCAAUCGGCGACCAUUUCUGCGGGAUUGUCGGGAAUUUCUGCCGCGGGCGCGGAAGCUCACAACAAUGGUAACAACGUCAAAUCCGAAAGUCAUUCGCUCGGCUUCGGUCAAGCGACCGCGACUUCUUUCGGAACGAUCGAAAAUGGACAAGCGAUUACCGGCGCGGCGUCUUCCGUUGGCGCUUCGCAAUCCGUUGCCGCGAGUGGUGGCAAUCGAGGACAGUCCUUCUCGAAAGCCGUCGGUGUGCAAUAUCAAAAUCGACCAGUGUGGAACAAUGUCGGUCCGAAUUACUGGCGCAACGAUCGACCUACCUUGAUGAUUUCAAAGCCGUACGACGGAACGUGGCCGCAAUUGCACGUCGGUGUAACAAACAGACGAGAACAAAAGCCAACAGUUCACAUCUACAAAUGGCACCCCAACCGCGGUUUACCUACCCGGCCAGGUUUAUCGAUCGAACAGCAAAUACAUAAUUCCUGGAACGACCGAAGUCACGGAUCAACAGGACUUCAAAUUGGAGUCGGUUCUAGUUCGUCUCCUCACAGGUAUUCGAGCGAUGAUUCAGCUUCUCGAAUCAACGGAGGUCCUUUGAAUAUUGCUUUCUCGUCGAGUGGUCGAGUAUACACUUCGGGAGGUGCUCGAGGCCGUGCUCAAAGUUGGAGAAGUUUUGAACGCCCUUCUGAAGGUUUCUCGGCCGAAGAUCGUUCCGAAGGUACGUCGAUCUCCGACUACAAAGAUGAAAAUUCCGUAGCGCGGGUCAAUGCUCAGACCAGCGGGAAUGCUCACGAAAUUGCGUUGUCCGUUGGAGAAUCUUUUGUCAGACUCCCCGAUGAGAAUGCGCGGACUAUCCCAUUGCAUCAUGUCAAAAGCAACGAUUCUAAACGGAAACAAUUUGAUAGCGACGUACUCUCCGAUCUCGCGCAAACCGUUGGCGAAUUACUCGACAUCGUGUAAGAGAAUUAAAAAAAAAAACCAAGAAAAAUAAUUGCAAUGUCUACACAUUUUUAAAAGUUUUAUUUAUCAUAGAU